AUGGCGCAUGAACAGACUCCGUUGCUGGGCGAAGGCGACCGUCGGCCGUCUAGCAAGGCCGAUAUCAGUAAGAUCCUAGCUGGUUUAGUUGGUGUCUUUCUUGCAAGCGCAGACAAGUCGAUUUUGCUAGCGACUCAAGGAGAGAUCGCAUCCUCGCUGCACUCUCCGGCCAGUGCAUCGCUGCUUCUGGUAAUUUACAAUGUGGGAUUUUGCAUCGCGCUGCCUGUGUAUGGCUUUCUGAGCGAUAUUUACGGCUGUCGCCAAUUCCUCCUGUCGGCGUAUGGCCUGUUCGCGGUCGGAUGCUUGAUCUCUGGCAUCGCCGAAACAUUAUGGCCUUUUGUGCUUGGUCGCUUGAUCUCUGGGAUGGGCGGUGCUGGCAUGACCGAUUUACUUUCGGUCCUGGUGAACGAAAUGUUUGACAUCACCCAAGUUGCAUCGGUGCGAAGCUACAUCAUCGCAGCUGGCAUCGUGGGGCAGGGCUGCGGAGGACCUUUGGGUGCACUAGUCGCCGACAUGGUCGGUUGGAGAUGGUCUUUGAUCGGGCAAACUCCCAUUGCGGUGUUGUGUUUAGCUCUCGCACAGUGGCAAUUCUCAGCCUCCCCGACGAUUGAGAGUCGCUCCAACAAAGGGUUGAGCCUAUGGAACUUUGAUUAUUUUGGCGUUGCCAGCUUCUUCAUCCUGGUCACAUCUUUCAUUCUAGCGACCACGGAGGGGGGUAUUUCAUAUCUCACAUCGCAGACGCCAGCCCUGCUCGCUGUUUCGAGCGCGUUUCUUGUGAUAUUCGUCCUUAUUGAGCGAUUUGGGACUCGAUAUCCGAUUAUACCGCCUUCUGUGGUGUGCUCGCCCGGACUGUCCGGCAUAUUCUGUGGCCAGAUUGUCUACUUUGCCACCGUCACCACUAUUUUGAAUAACCUACCGCCUUAUUUCUAUCGAAUUGACCAUCUAUCCAACUCCGCCAUUGCCAUACGCAUCUGGCCCGCUGCCCUGGGUCUAAUUUCAGGAUCGAUCGUUGCCGGCAAAACAUUGAGCAGAGAUCUACAGCCUCGCAAAAUCUCUCUCAUCGCCAUCGGCAUCACUACCCUAUCACUGACGCUCAUGGUCAUCCGCUGGCUCCACGGCAUCCGCCCAUUGGAAGUCCUCUAUUGCUUUCCCUGGGGCGUCGGCGGCGGCAUUCUGCUCUCGGCACAAUUUAUCGAUUUGACCAUUCGUGCGCCUACCGAGCAGCUUGCCAGUGCUAUCGCGGUGUAUCAUCUCUCGCAGCAGGUGGGCCAGAUCGUGGGAACGAGUGUCAGCGCGGCCGCGCUGCAGCAGCUGUUCCGCUUGCGCGUAAAUGCGGGACUGGGAGACAUGCCAGGAAAGCGGGAGUUGAUCGAUCACAUCGUGCAUGACUAUAACUUCACCACCACCUUGCCGUCAACCAUUCAGACUGUGGUGCAGAAGGGGUAUAUCGAGGCUUAUCGAUUAGUUCCGGCAUCGGCUCUAGUCCUCUCCGUGAUUGUUGGGGGAAUUGUGCUUUUCCCGAAGGAGGAAAAGGUCGAACUGUGA